GAUUAACCAAUCAAAUUGCAGAAAUCAUUUUUCUCCAUUUUUGGGCAGAUGAGAGGAUUUCACCUUGCCGAUCGCAAUCAUCUCCCAGCUUGUGUAUAAGGACACUCUGACCUCCAGGAUACAUAGAAUUGGUCGCAGACAUUUUUUUUCUUUGCAAGAUAGAGGGAAAAACAGAAGCUACAAAAUUAUAUUCUCGAUCGGCUAAUAAAUUUGACUUAUCACGUGACUUCCGGUCUAUUGUAAACAUGGCCGACAAGUAUGAUUAAGGUGCCGAGAUAUCCAGCCUGAUGUCACUUUCUUAAUUUAUACUGAUUGAUACGUUUAGCUGACACUGUUUGACAACAGGAUGCCGACUGUUGACAGAGACGAAGAAAAUGCUAUCCGCAUGAAAGUUGGAUACAAUGGGGACAUUCUCAUUACAAGUGUCAAUGUUGAGAUCAGCUACACUGACUUCUGUGCGGAAAUAAAGGACAUCUGUAAAUUUGAUGACCAGCAGCCGUUCACAGUGAAAUGGCUAGAUGAGGAAGGUGACCCCUGUACCAUAUCCUCCCAGUUGGAGCUUGACGAAGCCAUCAGGUUGUACGAAAUCAACAAGGACACAGAGAUCACCAUUCAUGUCUUCCCUAAUGUGCCGGAACGACCGGGGAUGCCAUGUCGCGGGGAGGAUCGGAACAUGUACCGCAAAGGUGCCCGUCGAUGGAGGAAACUCUACCGGAUCAACGGGCAUCUAUUCCAGGCCAAACGCUUCUCCAAAAAAGCGUUUUGUUCAUUCUGCUCAGAUAGGAUUUGGGGACUUGGUCGUCAGGGUUACAAGUGUAUCCAGUGUAAGCUAACGGUCCACAAACGCUGCCACAAGUUCCUCAAAGUUGUCUGUGGAGCACCAGUCAUGCCACCCUCGGAGAAUCGACCUGACCCACCUUCUACCUUUAACACACACCAGUACUCCAGCAAGCAUUCCAACGGAGACAACCCCACAGACCACGGCACCUCUGUGGAGGUAGAUAAAGAGAUUUCACUCUCACAGGAGGAGGUGUCUGUUAGUUCACCAGAGUCCGAUCAGUCAGGGAUGGGAUCAGAUUCGGGAGGCAGGACGGUUUCUAUGGAAGAGUUUAACAUGUUACGUGUGAUAGGCCGAGGCAGCUAUGCCAAAGUGUUAAUGGUGGAACAGAAACGCACAAAACGUGUGUACGCCAUGAAGGUGAUAAAGAAGGAGCUGGUUAACGAUGACGAGGAUAUUGACUGGGUCCAGACAGAGAAACAUGUAUUUGAGACUGCCACAAACUAUCCAUUCCUCGUAGGUCUACAUUCCUGUUUCCAGACCCCCAGUAGAUUAUUCUUUGUGAUAGAAUUUGUCAGUGGCGGAGAUUUGAUGUUCCACAUGCAGCGGCAGCGGCGACUACCAGAAGAACAUGCCAGGUUUUAUGGCGCUGAGAUUUGUUUAGCUCUAAACUUCCUCCAUGAGAGAGGUAUUGUGUACCGAGAUCUUAAGUUAGACAAUGUCCUACUGGAUCAGGAAGGUCAUGUCAAACUCACUGACUAUGGAAUGUGUAAGGAAGGAUUGUUGAUAGGAGACCGGACUAACACUUUCUGUGGAACACCAAAUUACAUCGCUCCCGAGGUCCUCAGGGGAGAGGAUUAUGAUUUCAGUGUAGACUGGUGGGCCCUUGGAGUGCUCAUGUUUGAGAUGUUGGCUGGAAGAUCUCCUUUUGAUGUAGUAGGAGCAGCAGACAAUCCUGAUCAGAAUACUGAAGACUACCUCUUCCAAGUUAUCUUGGAGAAAACUAUACGAAUUCCAAGAUCUUUAUCUGUGAAGGCAGCAUCCAUACUGAAAGGCUUCCUCAACAAGAACCCUGUGGAGCGCCUGGGUUGCCACCCACAGGCUGGUUUCUCUGACAUUCAGUCACAUCCAUUCUACCGAUCUAUAAGCUGGGAGUCACUGGAGCAGAAACAGAUUCCUCCACCCUACAAACCCCAGCUCAAGUCAGAUCGUGACCUUGAGCACUUUGACCCUGCAUUUACUGAUGAGCCUGUCCGCCUGACACCGGAUGACCCGAAAGUGAUUGACAAAAUAGACCAAUCUGAGUUUGAUGGCUUUGAGUAUGUUAACCCACUGCUUAUGUCGAUGGAGGAUUGCGUGUAAAGGUUUCCAUAACAACGACCUUGACCCUUGCAGCUUGGUGCUUCAGUGCAGCAUGGACUUUGUUACUCCUGUUUAGAUGAAGGUGUUUUGUAACUGAUUUGACCACAGAUGUAACAGAACAUCAGCCGUGGACCAGUUGCCAAAAUUUUUUUUCUACUUUACUAAGCCUUGUUUACUGUUUUAUAGUGGUUGUAAUGUCUGGCUAAGUCUGGUCUCUAUAGAGACUGGCUAAGUCUGAUCUCUAUAGAGACUGGCUAAGUCUGAUCUCUAUAGAGACUGGCUAAGUCUGGUCUCUAUAGAGACUGGAUAAGUCUGAUCUCUAUAGAGACUGGCUAAGUCUGGUCUCUAUAGAGACUGGCUAAGUCUGGUCUCUAUAGAGACUGGCUAAGUCUGGUCUCUAUAGAGACUGGCUAAGUCUGGUAUCUAUAGAGACUGGCUAAGUCUGGUAUCUAUAGAGACUGGCUAAGUCUGGUCUCUAUAGAGACUGGCUAAGUCUGGUCUCUAUAGAGACUGGCUAAGUCUGGUCUCUAUAGAGACUGGAUAAGUCUGAUCUCUAUAGAGACUGGCUAAGUCUGGUCUCUAUAGAGACUGGCUAAGUCUGGUCUCUAUAGAGACUGGCUAAGUCUGGUCUCUAUAGAGACUGGCGAAGUCUGGUCUCUAUAGAGACUGGCUAAGUCUGGUAUCUAUAGAGACUGGCUAAGUCUGAUCUCUAUAGAGACUGGCUAAGUCUGAUCUCUAUAGAGACUGGCUAAGUCUGAUCUCUAUAGAGACUGGCUAAGUCUGGUCUCUAUAGAGACUGGCUAAGUCUGGUCUCUAUAGAGACUGGCUAAGUCUGGUAUCUGUAGAGACUGGCUAAGUCUGAUCUCUAUAGAGACUGGCUAAGUCUGGUCUCUAUAGAGACUGGAUCAUCAUACACCCACCUAGGUUAACCGAUAGACAAUCUUAUAAUUACAUACAUUACCUGAGCUUUCUCUGUCAUCAGUAGCAUUGUUGACCAAGUGUUAACUUGUGUCUUUAAAAGUUGUAUUGUAAGAUGUGAUCUGUAUUAUAUGCUAAAGAUGAUGAGUGAAAUUUGACCUGUGUCAUAGCAUAUUUAGGUGAAGGUCAUAACAUUUGAAAAUCAAGGUCAAGGUCACUCAAGUGUUACAUUGUUAAGGUAAAGCUUGCCAGUGCUCUAUAUGCUGUAUUUCUAAGGAAGAAGAGUUUUAAUAUUUAGGCUGUGUACACAAAAAGAAAUGAAAUAUAUUCGCUAUGUUUCUUUUCGCAAAAACAAUACUUUUCCCAACAGGGGUUUAAUCCCAGAACCUUUUGACUUUAAAGCAGAAGGUGCUUGUUGUGCUAAUAUGUUUCUUCAAUAUAACUGGAAAUAAUUUCAUAAUAUUCUAAUUUCCUAAAAUGGCCAUCAACCAAUGAUGUGUUUAUAGGAAUGAAAUGGAGAAUAAUGAUAAAAAAAAAAUAAAAGGCUUGUACACACUAGAAAAGCCAUGUGACACACUAUUCAAUGUGAUGACCUUGGUAGUGAUGAUGUUGACCUUGGUCUGGAGAUUCAGUCUUUAUAAUUGGACUAAACACUAGUGUAAAUUCUGUUGAUAAAGAUGUUUUAUAUCGUUGCUAUGCAAUUUGUUGUUCAAGCCUUCCAUGCUAAUAUAGUUUAAAUAUCAGAUAAAUUGUCAAGGGAGACUACUGGGGGAUAAAACUUGGUGGUCACUGUAGUCAGGUACUCUGUGUGUUAUCAAGGGAGACUACUGGGGGAUAAAACUUGGUGGUCACUGUAGUCAGGUACUCUGUGUGAUAUCAAGGGAGACUACUGGGGGAUAAAACUUGGUGGUCACUGUAGUCAGGUACUCUGUGUGAUAUCAAGGGAGACUACUGGGGGAUAAAACUUGGUGGUCACUGUAGUCAGGUACUCUGUGUGAUAUCAAGGGAGACUACUGGGGGAUAAAACUUGGUGGUCACUGUAGUCAGGUACUCUGUGUGAUAUCAAGGGAGACUACUGGGGGAUAAAACUUGGUGGUCACUGUAGUCAGGUACUCUGUGUGAUAUCAAGGGAGACUACUGGGGGAUAAAACUUGGUGGUCACUGUAGUCAGGUACUCUGUGUGAUAUCAAGGGAGACUACUGGGGGAUAAAACUUGGUGGUCACUGUAGUCAGGUACUCUGUGUGAUAUAUAAUAUAGAGUUCCAUUUCUUUAGGAACUUCUUUAUAAGAAAUAUUAAAUAUUUUCUGUUGAGAAUUCUAACUAACUGGCAUUCCAGAUUUCCAUAGAUGCAAGACAUAUGAUGUACUAUGUAAAGAAUAUCAAGAAUCAAAAUGAGGAUAUAGUUAUUUUCCAUUGUAGACAUAGACUGUAAAUAACUGUUUACAAGAGGAGGAAACAGGUUAAUAUAAACUGGACUAGGAUCCCAUUAACUAUGGUGGUAGGAUGGUGUGUAUGUUGAUAGUUUACGUGGAUUCUGUGACUGGAUAUAAGGCUUUAUUGUUGACUUUCCGAGCUGGUACAGAUACAUGUGUAACCUUUUUGUAACAAUUGUCAUUCAGUGACACUGGGAUAUUGCUGAAGCCCUUGUAUUCAUAAGUGUAAACCCCAAGGUCAGAUUUAUAGAUUAAACUCCUAAUCACUUUCUGUCUUAUUUAUAACCCAAAGACAAACAAUUUAUGUCUGUCAAUUUUGAGUCUUGCUUCAUUAGUCAAUGCAGAUAUUGCACAAUGUUUUUCAGGGUAUCUGAUAAGGUUGCUAAACUAUUUUCUUGACAAUAACAUACAUUGUAUUUCAUAGCUCUAGGGCCAUACCAUGUAAAGGGAAAGACAAACCCCAUGUUUUGUCUUUGGGGUUACCAUGGUAACGAUUUACUCAAGGUGUAUUACCAUUAUAGUUACCAGGGUUGCUUCACACCUGUCUUAAGAUAACUCCCAGAGCUUGUUGUACAUUACUAUCCACUUCCUUGCCAAUUAUCUUGAAUCCUUCAUUCUUGCCUAAUCUGUGUGAAAGCAUGUUGAUAUCUACGCACAUUAGAAUUAAAAUUAAAAUGCUUAAUGUUAAUGCUGUAUCAUGUUAAAAUUCCAAAGUUCAUUCCAAAAAUAACUAGUCAGGCAGUAAUCAAAGACAUGUAUAUAUUACUACUUGAAGGCUGCAUAUCUCGACUACAUACCGUGGCCCAGAUAUGUAGGGUUGACUGUAAGUAUUGACAUACUGACCUGGCAGCCAUGGUCCUUCCUUUGUGAGCUUCAUUAUAAAAUUGUUUUGAAGGCUGAUGAUUUUGUAUUAGUUAGUGAUUAAGAAGAAAUACAUCAGUAUUUACUUUAGAAGCAUUCGUGCUUAUUGAUUGUAUUUUUAUAGAGAAUAUUGGUGGUAAACAAUUAUAAUAGUAGAUAAAUGUUUAUCUUGAUGUUGAUCAAUAUUGACCAAAUCUUUGUCAGGUAUACAGUACUCUUAUAAUUGAUAAAUGUUUACCCGACAUUAGAAAUAUGUAUUACUUGUGCUCUUGCUAGUUGAUGAUACUCAUUAUAGUAGUUAACCUUGUAAACAUAUUCACAGUCUGACAGAAUGUGAGGCGGAUUUGUUUAUCGGAGAGUUGAGCCUACUUCAUUAAAAUUCAGUCUGAAAAACUGGUAAACUAAAUUGUUUUUCGAGUAGUUUAGUUUGGUUAACAAAUUCACAGUCUGACAAACUGUUAUGCUGAACUGUUUAUUGAGCAGUUGUGCCUGGUAAUCAUAUUCGCAGCUUGACAAAUGUUUACACUGAAUUGUUUAUUGAGCAGUUGUGCCUGGUAAUCAUAUUCACAGUUUGACAAACUUUUAAGCUGAAUUGUUUAUUGAGCAGUUGUGUCUGAUGUGCAAUCAUAAUUAAUGUUCAGCAUUCCUCAUGCAUUUAUACUUUUAUUCCAAACAAUAUUCAUGAUUCUAACGAUAGUAUGUGCAUAAUUAUUUUGUUUGUAAUAUUUAAAACAAAAUGGAGUAGAUCCAUUUUGUUUGAUAUUUGGUAUAUACCAGUUGUGUCCAACUUAUAUAUGAACAUUUUUGCCUAUAUUUGUUCUCUGUUAAUCAAGUCUAAUUUGUGUUUGCAUAUCAUUAAUUUAGAAUUUAUAACAUUUUUGUAAUAACUAUGCUAAAGUGGUUGUGAUCUAUGUACCAGAUUCUGUUAUGUACCCUAAUGUAGGUUAAAGUCCUGUGUAUUACAGACAUUUCAGUGAAGUAGAUCUGUUUAUUUUUUUAUGUGAAAAUUUGCAUAUAUUAUGUUGUCAUAUCCUGUGAAUAAUAUUAUGUUUAAAAUUUACAUGAUGAAUAUUUGUAUUUGUAGUAUCUUAAGUAAAUUCUUUUGGUUUUGAUAUUAUUAAAUCAUCGACUUCCAUAGGUUUAGGUACUUCAUUUCUUAUAUAGCUAGCCUGUUAUCAGUGUCGCAUUUAUAGUGUUAUCAACACGUGAUUGAAAACACCUAGCUAAGCUGUGAUUGUAUGUAGGUACCCAGGGUCUUGAUUGUGGUGUCACAAUGCCAUGGAAACACAGGCAUUGUGGUGUCACAAGAAUGAGGCUUGGAGUUAUUUUAUAUCUCCUUUCAGUCUGAAACGUAAUCAUCAUGUCAUAUUUGUCGAGCCGAGAAUGGUGUAAUUACACUUCAAUUGUGCUUUAACUCUGUUCAUUAUUUUAUUCACUGUAUGUUCUAAUCAUGGUUAUCAUGUAGCAUGUACAGGUAGUCUUAAGCCAUGUAAAACAAAUAGUUGACCAGAACAAAAUUUCAGGUUAAUCUGAAUUGUAUAUCAAAUUGUUAAUGGGAAGAUUAUACACAUGAGAUCUCAAGUGUAAGUAAUGGAUCCAGAUCUUACUGAAUAUCUUUUAACAAUUGUGAAUCAACUUUCACUUCGACACUUUCACAUUGUAAUUACAUUAAGCGUCUUUCAGAGUUCUGAUUGAACUAGAAAAAUGUUUUCUUUAUAAAAUUGUAAUUUAUUGCAUUGAUAACUUGAAUUACCUUCAGAUAUUCAUUACUAGUGUAUUUUCCUUCCUAUUUGAAUUUCCAGUCAUUUCACCCCAUUCAAAAAUGUGUCUCCAUCUUGCACUUGAGUUUCCCUGGUGGAAUAUCUUUCUCUCUCAAAUUUAUUUCCUCACUCUUACUCCUAGACCAGAUUUCGCCAUUCCUGUCUGUUGUUGUGUCAUGAAUGUUUAUCAGUAAGGUGGUAAAUAAUUGUACAUCUACAGAGAUGUGGAUGACCUUGAAAUGUUGAUAAACGGUGAUUGUAGUAUGUGCUGUACUUGACACAGAUGAUAGUAUGAACAUGUUGUUCUACAAUUGUAAACAGUAAACAAAACAAUUUUUCUGUAAUACGACCUUUAGGAAUUACAAUGGUGCAGGAUCUUACAGAGAUUGUGCUGCAUUAUAUAUUGUGAUAAUGCCUUGUAACAUUUCGGAGAUUUUUACUGAAAUUUUACGAGGGAAUGUGCUGUAACUCUAAGAAAUUGUGCUGUGACCUUAUGGUGCUUGGUGUUGUGAUGUACAUCUUUACACAUUCAUAUCGUACGAGUUACACAAAGUUCGCACUUCUAUGCAUCGUAUGUAAACACUGUUGGAUGUGAUACAGAACUGGCCUCGGUCACUGUUUUUUUGGUGCUUCAGUGGUUAGUGCAGAAAGGAUUGAUUAUUUGUGUAAAUCAGAUUCCAAUUUUUUAGGUUGAAUGGAAACUUGAAAUAUAUAAUACUAAAUAAUCUACAAGAUUGUUAAUUGUUCAUGACUUUUGAUUUUAAGCCAAAUUAGACCAGCUGUUGACAUUUUCCUUUACAUGAACGUACAGGGUAUUAACACUGGUUUAAUAGCCGUACUGAGUUGUGAUUUAUGUUGUGAAACUUCCUUACAUUCUCACUAAGGUUUAAAUACACUGGUUUGUUACCAAGGUGAUAAAAACCAUAGUGACCAAGGUUUAAAUACACCGGUUUGUUAUAAAGGUGAUAGAAACCAUAGCGACCAACAAAUCUACAUUGUAUUGGUCAUCUCUCUAGCUUAUUAUCCAUUUUGCCGAUUCCCCUUCCUGUUAAUCAGGGAAGGCUGUACAGCGAUUUCCUGUUUACACCUUACUAGAUUUUGUACACUUAUUUCCCUGUUAUUUCUCAUUGUUAAAGGCAUUGCCUUGCAUCACAGGUCACGACCUUUGAUAAGGUGAUGACCUUGACCUUUGGUGCUUUAUGUGAUCGAUGGCAGACAGUGUGCUGGUCAUGAAUGUAUUGUGUGAAAUUGCUGAAAUAUUCAAACUGGAGAUCUUGGAACUCAGCUUUUUAUCAUUUCAAUGUGAAUUUGAUUCUUUUUCAUUGAUUUUCAUUCUCCAGUGAUGAUUGAUUUGAAGAGUUCUACAUGUUUUCAAGGAAGUAAAAUUAUUAAGCCAUGGGUACUCCAAGAGUUAGUGGCCUUGAAGGCUUGUACCAUUUACCAAGUAAAAGAAGAAUUCCCAAUAUCAUAUUGACAUGUUUACAUUUAUAAUUACUGCACAGAUUUGAUAUUACAAACGUUUAGUGCUAUCAAUAUCAGUAUGCCAAGUGCUGUUGUCUUUUUCAACUUAGAAAGGGUUUAUAAUAACACUCUGUUAAAUACAAUUUUAAUCCAAUUUAUCACAAGUAGACUAAAAGGAGAGGUAUAUUAUAGUAAAUAGUCUAUACUUUGUUUUGUUUGUAUACUGCCAUCCAUACAUUGUACACUUUGCAGACAAUAUUUUGAAAUUCAGUAAAAUAUUAUUACAAUAUUGUGUAUUUUAAUUUUUUUUUCGUCCGAUAACUUCUUAUUAUUAAUAAUGCUUUUUAAAGUCGAUAAGGUUAUUGAUGAUCUCAAUUGUCAAAAAAGAUUUUUUUCCUUUUCAAUAGUAUGUCUUUUCAGAGACUAAAAUUUUUGGAAGGGGAAAAUUAAUAGAGUGUAAUUUUAUGAUACAUCUUUAAAAAAAAAAAGAAAGUUUAAUCCAUUUUUGGAAUAUGUUGAAACUUCAACGAUGUGGAUUAUUUUCAUAAAAAAAUUGCCUUUGUCACUGACAAUUAAAUAAUCUGCAAGAAAUUGCAAAAUUAAAGUUUGUGAUACACAAUUAAUGAUUAAGAAAUCAAGACUGAUGUUGUACAGUUUUUUAUGGAUGGCAGUGUAUAUUUGGUAAGGUUAAGGACUUUUAUCCUUAACACUAUCUACGGUUAGCACUACUGUAAUUAGAAGUGAUUAGCCACAUUUUAAUGAAUUAUCCUUAAACAAAACACUAUUUACAUAUUUUCACCAUAAUUGUUAAAGAAAGCUUGCUGAAUGUCUGUAAUAGAUGGUAUGGAAUAAAAAUCUGACACCAGA